UUUCAUUUGUAGCACGCUCGCGAGUGGACGUGUCGCAGUUUCCUCAGUUCUUUCGCUAUAUAGCACAAAUACCUAUAUAUAGUAUAUGCAUAUAUCUGCCUUACAAAUAUAUAUAUCGAAUAUAUAUAUAUAGUGGAUCAUACACCUGCCGUGCAGCGCGUAGGGUGCGAAAAGCACCAGUGCGAGUAUCGAAGCAGGAUUAAAGAAAGUGUUUGUGCCCCUUCCAAGAAAAACUCGACUCAUCUCGACUCGACUCGACUCGCAACUCGUGCAACUGAACGUGCCGCGGAGGCAUGCGAAUAAGUGUGCUAAAGUUAACCAAAUUCAAAUUGUCGAAUUGCAGUGUUGCCCCCAACCAACACAGUUAACAGCGACGCAACAGGGCCCCAACGGGCGCCUCGGAUAAACAUUAGGAACAGGAAGUCGAAACAGAGCGGAAGAAGCAAAACAACAAAAGCCACUUGAACCAUGGAACAAUUCGAACAGUUGUUGACGUGCUGCGUCUGCCUGGACAGGUAUCGCAUACCGAAGCUGCUGCCAUGCCAGCACUCCUUCUGCAUGGAGCCCUGCAUGGAGGGAUUGGUCGACUAUGUGCGACGUCAGGUCAAAUGCCCCGAGUGCCGUGCUGAACAUCGCAUACCCUACAAUGGAGUGCAGGCCUUUCCCACCAACGUUACGCUUCAGCGUUUUCUGGAGCUGCAUAUCGAAAUUACCGGCGAGUUACCGGAUCCCACCUCAGGUCAAAUCAUGGAGCGCUGCGGCGUUUGCUCCGAGAAGGCCUAUCUCUCACACUGUGCUCACUGCGAGAAGAAGAUCUGCGAGGACUGCAAGAGCGCCCACAUGGACAUACUGCGUCGAGAGAUUACCCGCUUCAACUCACAGAUUCGUCGCAGUUUGCAUAGGCUGCAGGACUCGUUGGCCAUCAUCGAAAAGAACACGAUGAGUCUCCAGACGAACGCGAUAAGCGUGACAGAGGAAAUCGACGAGAUAUAUAGACGAAUCACCAAGGCCAUCAAGGAUAGAUCCGAUCAGCUGAAAGGUGAGAUCGAUCGUUAUUUGGCCGUGGAGCUGCGCAAUCUGAUGACGCUCAAGGAGAACUUGGACCUGGAGAUAACCAACAUCACCAGCAACUGUGACAUCGUGGACAAAUACAUGAACGAGACCGUCGAAUGGGAUGACUGUGAACUGAUGGACACCAAGGAGAUCUUCUUGAAGACCGUCGAGUUCCUCCGGCACUUUGAGUACGAGAACAACGACUACAGUCGCCGUGUGCGCUUCCUCGUCUCCAUCGAUCCCAACCAGCUGGUCAUGAAUUUGGCCACUUUUGGUGAUCUCAACAUAGCGCCACACUCAACGCCCGGCGGCUCCGUGAGCAGCUCACAUCUGGCACCGCCAACCACCUUGCAACCCGGUUUGAUGCGCUCCAAGAGUGAUCAUCGCCUGGCUACACAGUUCCGUCAACAGGAGGAACGUGGUGGCUACAACGAUGAGCCCGUGCUGGGCGGACGCAAGUUCGGUGAGCGUCCACAGCGCAUUGCCAAAGAUAACAACAACAGCGAUCGCUAUGGCGAUCGUUACGGACGCUCUGAGUACGAUUACGACAACGACUACGAGAACGAACCGGCAAGUCGUGCUGGCAAAUCGUCACGUUUCCGUUCGCGCUUUGUGCGUUCCCAUCAGAAUGAGGACUCGGACAGCGAGCAGCAACAGCAGCAACGCCAGCAGGAGAUCGAGAAGCGCAAGGAUCGUGUGCUCGACAGCGAGGAUGUCUCGCGCGGUCAGCUGAGUGGCAUCAUUCGUCUCAGCGACUGCUCACGCGUAGUGCAGCGACUGGCGGACAUUGGCAAGGAGAAGAAGGAGAAGAAGUCCGAUGCCGCAGUUGCAGCACAAGCCGCCGUUCAAGCAGCCAUCCAGGCCCAGAAGGCAGCGAUGCAGCGACAGCAGCAAAAGAAUCAACAAUCCGCCGCAGCCCCCGACGAGGAUGAGUUGGCGCGUCAAAAGCGCAAGACUGCCGCAUCGAGUGGUGCGGCAAGCUCAACGGCAACGGACUCCAGCAGCGAGCAGCGUCCCAACACGGAGCGUGUAACGGCACUGAAGCGUGGCGGACAGGGAGGCAGCGAGGAGAGUGAUGGCGGCAGCAGUAACCAGCAGGCGGCGGCCUCUCCAGUGCGUAGUGCGGCGACGACAGCACGAGCCGAGGUAAGUGUGAGUGGGGCAAAUGAAGAAGAAGAAGAAGAGGAGGAAGAAGAUGACGAUGCGGCCAGUGACAGUGGCAGCGACAGCAGCGAGACUGAGAGCGAGACUGGAAGUGAGAGUGAGGCAGAGCAGGAGCAGAAAGUCGAGGAGGAGCAGCAAGUCGAAGAGGAGCAGCGAGUCGAAGAGCAGCAACAGCCAGAGACAAAGCAACAGACAGACUUUUUAACGGUGCCCACGGUAGGGGAAGAUGAUGGUGACUCUUCCUCCGAGUAUGAAUACAUCGAGGUGACAGCCAGUGAAAGUGAGGAGAGCGAUGAGCGGGCUGAGCAAGAGCCGCCUGUGAUUAAUGUGGUGCCACCGGAGACAGAGCUUGUGGAGAAGGCGGAUGAGCAUGAGCAAGAGCUCAUUAGCGAUAGUCAUAAGGAGGAGCCAGAGAGAUCAGCUGAGGCGGUUGUCAUAGCUGAAGAGGAUGAGGAAGAUGAGUAUACAGAGGAGGAAAUCGAGUCCAAACCGGCCGUCUCCGCCCAGGUGGCAGCGGUAAAGAAGACCCAACGCUCCGGCAGCAGCGACAGCAGCGCCUCCACCGAAAGCUCUGCCAGCUCAGCGGCCGCAGCGGCAGCAGCAGCUGCCAGUGCAGCGCCCAGCAGCAGUAGCAGUGCACAACAGAAGGCAGCGAGCACAGCGCGUUACUCGACGACACGCGAGUCAACAGCUGCGGCGGCAGCGACGCCCGAGAAGAAACCGUUUGUAAGUCGCUUCUUGCCGCAGCACAGCACGCCGGCAACUACGACGAAUGGUGCAGACAGCAAGAAGAAGGCCGCCGAGUCCGAGUCGAGCACCGAGGAGGAGACAAGCUCCGAAUCGGAGUCCGAGUCGGAGGCGGAGGGCAAGCCCAAGACGAGUGCGGCAACCAGCAGCAGCAGUGCCACCAAAUCGACGCCCAGCAGUGCAGCCAGCUCGACAACAGCAGCCACCACAUCGGGCAGCUCGUAUCGGGAUCGCUUGGAGGCACGACGUGCUUCGCGAGACGACACCGCUGCCACAUCACGCAGCAGCUAUGCCACACCUAGCUCUACUAGCAGCAGCGGUUACGGUGGCAGCAGCAGCAGCAGCAGCGCGACACGCACUCGACCUGUGCCUGCUCCGCAUCAUCUGAGCGAGAACGAGGAUCGCUAUGGCAGCGGCAGCGGCAGCAGCAGCUACACAAGCCGCUUCCUAAACAAAAGCAAGAGCAGCGCCAUUGUGGCGCAACCCUCGCUCUCCACGCCCACCGCCUCCUUUGAUGAGGAUGCCAAUGGCACCGGCGACGAUUCGGACAGCCGCUACGGCACGGGACGUUCCCGUUAUCUGGCCAUGAAGGAGCGUCGCACUCGACUCGCCCGCAGUCGCUCCUCGCAUCAGUUUGGCAACGACGACGACGAUCUGGAUGAGCCCGUGUCACCGACAACAGUCUCGCCAUCCGCUUACUUGGCCUCAAGAUACAGCGGCUAUGGCGGCAGUGAUUUGUCUCGCAGUCGCUCGACGCAUGCGUUGAAGUCACGCGACAAUUCGCCGAUAACGGAUCGCAGCGUGGGAUCUUCGCGCAGCGGUCUGGCUAGCAGCUCCACGGACAAUAAGGACGGCGAGGCUUUGAGCUCCUGGGCACGCUACCUGAAGAGCAAGUACGGCAACAAGAGCUCAAAGGAUGCGCCCAGCAGUAGCAGCAGCAGCGGCGUUGGCAGCAGCCGGGACAGUCACGCCUCCGGCUCGACGGGAGCGUCAAGCAGUGGCCGAAGCACGGCGAGCGAUGUGUCGCGACGUCUGAGCUUGGGUUUGCCAUUGCGCCAGGCGAAUGAGCUGGCCUCAUCCGAUGAUGACGGGUCAAAAAACGGGCUAGGCUCCCCUACGUCCCCUACGGUAGCAGCAGCAGCCGGUAUAACCGGAGUGGCAGGUACUAUCCCUAAGCAGGUGUACCUCCGCAAGCGUCAGCAGCUGUUCCAAUUGGGGGGCCGGGGGAGCGAGCCCGGAUCCUUUACGUGGCCGCGCGGUCUUGCCGUCGGUCCCGACAAUAGCAUCGUCGUCGCCGACUCGAGCAAUCAUCGCGUCCAGGUCUUUGACUCCAAUGGCAUCUUUGUCAAGGAGUUUGGCGAGUAUGGCAACGGCGAGGGUGAAUUCGAUUGCCUCGCCGGCGUGGCGGUCAAUCGCAUUGGCCAGUACAUCAUAGCCGAUAGAUACAAUCAUCGCAUACAAGUGCUUGAUCCACAAGGACGCUUCUUGCGCGCCUUCGGUUCGCAGGGCACCGCAGAUGGCAAAUUCAAUUAUCCUUGGGGCGUAACAACCGAUGCACUCGGCUUCAUUUACGUUUGCGAUAAGGAGAACCACAGAGUGCAGGUUUUCCAAUCCGAUGGUUCCUUCGUUGGUAAAUUCGGUUCCUGUGGCCGUGGCGAGGGCCAGCUUGAACAUCCGCAUUAUAUAGCCGUAUCGAAUACGAAUCGUGUUAUUGUUUCCGAUUCGAAUAACCACAGAAUUCAGAUAUUCGAUGUUAAUGGCAAGGUGCUGUCUACAGUGGGUGGCGAGGGCUCCGACGAUGGCCAAUUCAAGUUUCCACGUGGCGUCGCUGUGGAUGAUCAGGGUUAUAUAUUUGUGGCCGAUUCGGGCAACAAUCGCAUACAGAUCUUCAAUCCCGAUGGCAGUUUUCUGAAGACCUUCGGCUCUUGGGGCUCCGGUGACUCGGAGUUCAAAGGACUCGAGGGAGUGGCCAUCAUGUCAAACGGCAACAUUUUGGUUUGCGAUCGUGAGAAUCAUCGUGUCCAGGUGUUCUAGGCCACGCCCACAUCCAUUGCAUUACUUGGUUUACUUAAUACGAUUUUCAAUUAUAAUUUCUAAAACAAUUUUCAUUAUUGAUUUGAGUUUCCUUAAAAACAAUUGAAUGUCGACAUUUCUAGGCCUAGAAAUCAAUCAAUCAUUUAAGUAACAAACUUGGAAAAUGAAAAAAAAUCGAAAAACUUGUUAAUGCGAGAAAAAAAGAGGAACUAUAAUACAUACAUAUAUACAUACUAUACGUACACACAUAAAUAUUUAUUGAAUAAAAAAAGCAAAGCGAAAACUCGUCAGAGUUGGAGUGAAA